GAGGAGUUGCUCACCAAAGGAGUCUCCUGUAUUUAUUUUGGGUUUUGUCCCUGGGCUCUCAGGAGUCGGCCUGCCUGGUCAGCAGCUCGGGUCCCACCCGCACGACAACUGACUUGCCUCUUCAUCAAAUCAAUUCGGGUCUUUCAGAGAAACUUCGUAUCACUACUGUAAGUGUGAAACCCGUAUAACUCAGCAAUUCACAGAAGUCAGCGGAAAAAUAUUUAAGUGCAGCUAGAUCCUUCGCUUGUUGGAGACUUGGCCUGAGGGGGUUCCGAAGCAAUACUAGCGGUGGGGAGGACACAUUCUCACCAAGCAAAGGCUUUUAGCUUUGCCAUCACGAGGACCAAAAAAGAACGGGAAGGGGAACAGCUUUCUCACAAGGCGAUUCAGCAUUUUGUUUGUUUGGACAGGCAGAGUGGACAGUGAGAGAGAGACAGAGAGAAAGGUCUUCCUUGUGCCGUUGGUUCACCCUCCAAUGGCCACCACGGCUGGCGCGCUCCAACCGGCACACCGCACUGAUCCGAUGGCAGGAGCCAGGUGCUUUUCCUGGUCUCCCAUGGGGUGCAGGGCCCAAGCAUUUGGCCAUCCUCCACUGCCCUCCCGGGCCACAGCAGAGAGCUGGCCUGGAAGAGGGGCAACCGGGACAGAAUCCGGUGCCCUGACCGGGACUAGAACCCGGUGUGCCGGCGCCGCAAGGCAGAGGAUUAGCCUAGUGAGCCGCGGCGCCGGCUGUGAUUCAGCGUUUUUUAACGCAGCGUGCGUGUACCAUUAAAAUCCUCUCGCUCCGCACAAAAUACUCUGACCCCAUCUAAUUUCCCAAAUGAGGUCAGGAACUAGUCCGCAAGCUAGCACGCCAUAUCUGCUCUCUUUUGGAGUGGCCAAAUGAGUAAAACUCGGUUAUGUUUCCAGGUUAAAGAGGAAACGAUGGACAAGAGAAGCUGUUCUAAUCCGCCAAAUAAACUUCCGGUCUUCCCCGAUCCCGCCCACUCGCCACUGGGCAGGUCCUUCUACCUGGACCCCAUGGUCACUUUCCACCUGUACCCGGAGCCCCCACUGCCAGCCCCUUACUCCGAGGAGCUGCCACUGCUGCCUUUUUCCAGUGACUCCCUGAUCAUGGAGAAUUACGGGGAGCCCUGCCCUUUCCCUUUCCCAAUGCCUUAUCCAAGCUACAGCAGGUGUGAAUACUCCUACGGGCCGGCCUUUAUCCGGAAAAGGAACGAGCGGGAAAGACAGCGGGUGAAGUGUGUCAACGCAGGCUACGCCCAGCUCCGCCAUCACCUGCCCGAGGAGUAUCUGGAGAAGCGACUCAGCAAAGUGGAAACCCUCAGGGCCGCCAUCAAGUACAUCAACUUCCUGCAGUCUCUCCUGCACCCUGCCGAUGCCGCCACCAAGCACGCCCCGGGGCCGCGGUCCUCCAUCGCAGCAACCGCCAGCCGGCACCCGGACCCUAUUUUUAGAAUUAUGUGAUUCAGGAUUUCCAAACAGGAACAAUGUCACAAAAUGGGGGCCCUCACAGCCUCCUUCCGUGGUUUCCUAAAUGUAAUUUCUGUGUGUGUGAGCAGACAGCGGCUCUGCCACUAAGCUGCCCUCAUGGUUCCUUGCCUGGAUAAGCGUUAGCUUGAGUAGACUAAGAUGCUUUGCUUCCUUUCUUUCAAGAGCUCUCGGGGAGCAGGUGCCCCAGGCUUCUCUGUUGCUGCCCUUGGCACCCUUGUAGCCAGAAGCUCCCACAGUGACACGCACAGCCUCGCACACAAGCUCCCCCGGGGCUUGCUGGGCUCUCUUGCACACACUCAAUGUGAAACAAUCACAGUGAACCUCCCUUGAUGUGUCAGUUUGGUGGUUUUUAUUUAUUUGCGCUUGACAAGAAGUCACAAUACGACAGGGUCUCGGGACUAAAGCCCAAGCAGUUCACAAAGCCUUGUUGUCUUUGAAAUUGGUUCUGAGCCGCUUUCUCCUGCAUACACACUUCUCCAGGUAGCUUAGUACAAGGGUAGGGGUUAAGAAGGCAGGCUGUGCAAACACGUCCUCCGUCUGCUCCAGGCCUUGG